AUGGUGGCUCCUUCACUGGCGCUGUACGAGAGCCCGCUGCGCUACUACUUGAUCCUGGAUGCCGAUGCGGACAUCCGAGAUUUGGAAGUGGGCGACCUGAGCGACAUGGAAUCUGAUGUGCCAGUUGGCUUCCUGGAGCAUUUGCGGGAUGAGCGCGAGCGCAGGACUCGACCUUCGCUAUCGCCAGAGGAGUUCGAGCGCAAGCCGGAAGCCUUUUCGACGUCAGCUGGAGCCGCAUCCAUGUCGUUUGCCACCAUGACUCUGGACUGGACGCGGAAGCAAGGCAGGGUCGGAACGGAUCGGCUAGCGAGGCUUUGGGCCACGAUGCUCGAAACCGCUGGCCUCACGGCCGAGAUCUUCGCGGUGGAUCCUGGGCAGAUCGUUUUUGCUACGCACAGGACCGAGGAGGUGAACACGAUUGAGAGGUUCGUGCUCGCGCAAGAAAGUGUGGACUUCUUCGAGUUCAAUCAGCAGCGCCGCUUUCCAGGCAGCCGGAGAGCGCCCUUGAGCACGGACGCCGCUCGGAAAGUUGAUUGGCGGGUGCGCAAAGAAAUUGCGGAUGUCUUGGGUGUUUUGGGGACGACUCGUAGCCUGCAGCUUUGA